CGACGAAGCCGACUCGUUCGAGCGGAAGAUGGCCGAUGCUGCCGCCAGCGGCCACUCGGCCCUGGCCCCCAUGAAAUGCAUGAAGGCCAUGAAGAGCGCGACCGUCCGAGCGAAACCAGCGGCAGCCAUGCGGAGGCCAGCAGCUGCUAAGGGUGCUCCUGUGGUUCGUGCGGGCCCAGUCGCUGGAGUGCAGGGUGUCAUCAAGGGCAAGAGUGGUUCGAUCGACAUUUCCGAAUACUUGACAAAGGAGAACGCUAAUUGCUCCAAGAACGCCUUCGGCAGUAAGGUGUGUGGCAGGGCCAAGACACAGGCCCAGCACUUCGCAAAGUCCCCCGAUGAGCUCAAGUGGUUCAGUGGCGAGGCGUAUAAGUUGGCCACUCGUGUCUGGGACACCCUGUGAGUAGUUUCGCUUUCUGUCAGCACGUUUCCGACAGCGCGUCACUCAUCCAUCGUUGCUGUAUUUACAUGUGCAGUGGCAUCACUAUAGAGUUUCGGGUUAUAGGC